UUUUUAUUCCUAGCACCACAAUUUAUACAACUCUUGCAUCCUCUGUUUUUCCUCCCUGGCGAGAGAUUUUUGAUUACCGUCUCUCUCUCCUCCCUCUCUCUCUCUCUCCAAAACACCUGCCUGCUUUGAUACAUAUAUACAUGUCCUAAAUUAAACCGCGAGACAUAUAUAUACACAUACAUAUUCACAUAUAUAUAUACACAUUCAGCAUCCAUAAUUGUACCUGUUUCUUCAUCAUCGUGUGAAGGAAAAGCUUUACUCGCCGCUAACUCGAAGAUCAAACUUCAAUUCAAAACAUUGUUUGUCUCCCUAAUGAUACUGUGCCUUGCUUUGCAUUCAAGUAAUGUAAUUCCUGCUCUGGAGGUGAUCCGUUCACAACAGGAUUGUGAUUCUAAUCGGUUCAAUUUGUUGAAGAUUAAGAGGUGAUUAAUUACAAAUAUGAAGAGGUCUAGAGAUGAUGUGCUCAUGGCUUCUCAACUCAAACGCCCCGCCGUCUCCUCUCGCGCCGACCCCUCUGGGCACCCUCAGAUGACGGCCGCAUCAAGCGCACAGAAACUAACAACAAAUGACGCAUUGGCCUAUCUCAAAGCAGUUAAGGAUAUGUUUCAAGACAAUAGGGCGAAAUACGAUGUGUUCCUUGAUGUUAUGAAAGAUUUCAAGGCUCAAAGAAUUGACACUGCUGGUGUCAUAGCGAGAGUGAAGGAAUUAUUUAAAGGGCAUCGAGACCUAAUUUUGGGUUUUAAUACCUUUUUGCCGAAGGGCUAUGAGAUAACCCUCCCUUCAGAGGACGAACCAACUCCGGGCAAGAAGCCUGUUGAAUUUGAAGAAGCAAUUAAUUUUGUCAGCAAAAUCAAGAUAAGAUUUCAAGGUGAUGAUCAUGUGUAUAAAGCUUUUCUUGAUAUUUUGAAUAUGUAUAGGAAGGAUAGCAAAUCCAUUACCGAGGUCUACCAGGAGGUUGCUGCUCUUUUCCGUGAGCACCGCGACCUGCUUGUGGAAUUCACGAAUUUUCUGCCUGAUUCUUCUGCUGCUGCAUCUCCUGUCUUCUGCCAUGAUGACAGGCAUAUGCAUGUUGAAAAGAAGCCUAUCGAUUCACAUGCUGACCGUGACCUUAGUGUUGACCGGCCUGAUGCUGACCAUAAUAAAGCACUAAUGAGAAGUAACGAAGAGCACCGGAAGCGCGGUGAAAAAGAAAAAGAGAGAAGGAAAGACCGAGAACGAAGGGAACGGGAUGAUAAAGACUUUGAGCAUGAUGGAGUGCAGUGUUUUCCCCAUAAAAGGAAAUCUACUUGUGGGAUUGAAGACUCUGUUGCUGACCAAUUACACCUGGGUGCUGAAGUGGCAGAGAACUUUGGCAUGCACCCUGGUUCAUCAUCUUAUGAUAAUAAAACUGCCAUCAAAAGCAUGUACAGCCAAGAGUUUGCCUUCUGUGAGAAAGUUAAGGAGAGGUUAAAUAAUUCCAAUGUUUACCAGGAAUUUCUGAAGUGCCUUAAUAUCUUUAGCAAAGAAAUAAUUGGUCGAUCACAAUUGCAAAAUAUGGUUAAAGGUUUGCUUGGGAGGUAUCCAGACCUAAUGGAAGGAUUCAAUGACUUUUUUGCACGGUGUGAAAAGAUUGAUGGUUUUCUUGCUGUUGCCGGUGUGAUGAGUAAAAGAUCAUUGUGGAAUGAAGGAAAUUUACCCAGGACACUGAAGGGAGAGGGUAGGGAAGGAGACCGGGAUCGUGAGAGGGAUGAUAAGGAUAAAGAUGGAGAUUGUUUUGAGAAAAGAGAAAGGGAUCGACCUGACAAAGCUGUAGCCUUUGGUAGUAAAGAUGUAGUAAGCCACAGGGUAUCUCUGUUAUCAAGCAAGGAUAAGUAUAUGGCGAAACCCAUUCAAGAACUUGACCUCUCAAACUGUGAGCAAUGCACUCCUAGUUAUCGACUUCUGCCAAAGAAUUAUCCAAUCCCUACUGCAAGCCAGAGGACUGAGAUUGGGGCUGAAGUAUUGAAUGAUCAUUGGGUGUCUGUCACUUCCGGAAGUGAGGAUUACUCUUUUAAGCACAUGCGCAAAAACCAGUAUGAAGAAAGUUUAUUUCGAUGUGAAGAUGACAGGUUUGAACUGGAUAUGUUAUUGGAGUCUGUUAAUGUGACAACUAAGCGCGUAGAGGAGCUAUUGAGCAAGAUUAGUGAUAACACAGUUAGAAUGGAUAGUCCUAUUCGUAUUGAGGACCAUUUAACAGCUCUGAACCUAAGGUGCAUUGAACGGUUGUAUGGUGACCACGGCCUUGAUGCAGUGGAUGUAUUGAGGAAAAAUGCACCUCUUGCACUGCCUGUUAUAUUGACUCGCUUGAAGCAGAAACAAGAGGAGUGGGCUAGGUGUCAUACUGAUUUUAAUAAAGUUUGGGCUGAAAUAUACACCAAGAACUAUCACAAGUCGCUUGAUCAUCGUAGCUUUUACUUUAAGCAGCAGGACACAAAGAGCUUGAGCACAAAAGCCUUAUUGUCUGAGAUCAAAGAAAUUGGUGAAAAGAAAAGCACGGAAGAUGAUGUGCUGCUCGCUAUUGCUGUUGGAAAUAGACAACCUAUUAUUCCACAUAUGGAAUUUGAAUAUCCUGAUUCGGACAUCCAUGAAGACUUGUACCAGCUCAUCCAAUAUUCCUGUGGUGAAGUUUGUACUAGUGAACAGCUGGACAAUGUUAUGAAGAUUUGGACAACCUUCGUGGAACCUAUGCUUGGGGUUCCUUCUAGGCCUCAGGGGGCAGAGGACACAGAAGAUGUCAUAAAGGCUGCAAAUCGUACUGUGCAAACUGGUGCUUUAAACAUUGGAGAAAGUGAUGGAAGUCCAGUUUGUGGUUCUACUUUUAUUACUACAGAAGAAUCAAAUCCUUCAAAAAAUGUAGGUGGAAGUAUUCCCCCUGAACAAUUGAAUUCGUGCCGCGUUUGGUUGGCAAAUGGUGAUAAUGGGGUUAAAGCAGAUGAACCUCGUGAUUUAGAUCAUUCUAGUAGAAGUGAUACUUUAUGUAACACCCCUCUACUUGGAAAUGUUCAGAGUAAUAGUGUUGUUGAUGACGAAAGGUUAGGGCUCAUAAGACAAGUUAGUUCAAAUAAUCAGUUAGCUAAUUCAAACACAUCCCCAGCCGCUGGAGUAGAUGAAUCUCGUGGAAGAACAAAUACAGAAAACACAUCAGGCCUUUGUGAUACUCCUACCGGAUGUGGCAGUGCUUUUGUUGAGGGUGGGCCUGAAACGAUGCCUAGCGAUGGAAUUUUACCUUCGUCAGAGGUUGGUGAUUAUACAAUACCAGUGUCAUCUUCACAUGGGUCAAUUGCAGAGGGCAUCAAAACUGAAAGAGAGGAGGGUGAAUUAUCUCCGAACGGAGAUUUUGAGGGUAAUUUUGCAGCAUAUGGAGAUGGUGAUGCCGAAACAGCACAUAAUCCAAAGGAUAGUGCUGCUGGUGCAAGCAGCCACUUUCAAAUUGCAAAUGGAGAAAAAGAAAAAUGUUGCGGUGAGGCAGGAGUAGCACAAAAUGAUGAAGGUGAGGAAAGUGGUCAGAUGUCAUCAGAGGACAGUGAGAAUGCCUCUGAGAAUGGUGAUGUUCCAGGAAGUGGCGAGUCUGCUAACGGUGAGUGCUUCCAUGAUGACCGUGAAGAAGGUGAAAAUGAUAACAAGGCAGAAAGUGAAGGCGAGGCCGAAGGGAUGGCGGAUGCCCAUGCGGUUGAGGGAGAUGGAACAUCGUUGCCAUUCUCAGAGCGUUUUCUACACACAGUGAGGCCUCUUACAAAGCAUGUUCCUCUGGCAUUACACGACAAGGAGAAGGAUUCCCGUGUGUUUUACGGAAAUGAUUCCUUUUAUGUUUUUUUCAGACUUCAUCAAACACUGUAUGAGAGAUUACAAUCAGCAAAGAUUAAUUCUUCUUCUGCCGAAAAGAAGUGGAGGGGUUCAAACGAUACAAGUCCAUCUGAUCUGUAUGCGAGAUUCUUGAGUGCACUUUACAAUUUACUUGAUGGCUCCUCUGAUAAUACAAAAUUUGAGGAUGAUUGCCGAGCUGUUAUUGGAACGCAGUCAUAUCUUCUCUUCACCCUGGACAAGCUGAUAUAUAAACUUGUCAAACAGCUUCAAACUAUUGCAACUGAUGAGAUGGACAACAAACUUCUUCAACUAUAUGCAUAUGAAAAAUCAAGAAAAGCUGUAACAUUUGUUGAUGGAAUUUAUCAAGAAAAUGCCCGGAUUCUUCUUCAGGAGGAGAACAUAUAUCGGAUCGGAUAUACAAGUGCACCCACUCGUUUGUCCAUACAGCUUAUGGAUUGUGGCCAUGAUAAGCCUGAAGUAGCAGCUGUUUCCAUGGACCCAAAUUUUGCCGGUUAUCUGCAUGAUGACAUCUUGUCAUUUGUUUCUGACAAAAAGGAGAAGUCGGGGAUUUUCUUGAGAAGAAAUAAACGCAAACUUGAUUGUGGAGAUGAUUUUUCUGGUACAUGCCAAGCCAUGGAGGGACUCCAAGUUGUGAAUGGUCUAGAGUGCAAGAUAUCUUGCAGUUCAUCCAAGGUCUCCUAUGUUUUAGACACUGAAGAUGUCUUGUUCCGGUCAAGAAAAAAGAGGAGACUUUUGCAUCACAAAACUUCGUCCAAUGGCCACUCAAAGCCUUCAAAUGGUUGUCUAAGCCGAGUGGAACGGUUUCACAUAUUCCUUUCUGGUUCAUAAUAUGCUUUUCUUAGACAUGCCAAUCAGAUGCUUUUAAAGCGAUGGAAGUGGAGCAGUUGCUGCGGACACAGGAGCUUUGGAGGUAUUAUAUAUCAUUUAGUUACCAUUUAUUUGACCGAUCUAAUAAGGAAAUGACAAAGUGUAGUAUAUGCUGCAAGCAGUGUGGCAUUUUGAGCCCUAAUUCUGUAAAUAGUGGUAAUUUGCAAUGUGAGAUGGUCGUUCAUUGACCAUUUCUUUAUUCUCCCUGGUCCAAGUAGAGGAGCUCUUUUAUUUGACUUUGAGUUGGCCUUAAUCUAUGGCUGGUCGACGCGGCUUCAGUGGAAGUGUAAGAAGAACAUUUUCAAUUUAAAUGACUGAAGAAUCCAUUACUAUUUCUUUGCAAA